UUCUCUUUGAUUUUUUGUUAUUGAAUUUAUAAAUUGUUUGAUUUCAGAGUUUUUUGUGUGGAUUUUUUAAAAAUUCGGUCUUUCGAAUUGGGUUUUCUCAGAAACAUAUGGAUGUCCGUAUGAUAUUGAGAUCAAGAUCUAUUGUGAAUUGGGGUUAUUAAGACCAUUUAAAAACCUAAAAUUUGAAGAUUGCUCUUUCUCAUGAAUUGGAAGUUUACCUAAACCAUAUGAAAAACCCAGUUUUUUUGAAAAUUAAAGUCUCUCCACUUGGAUUUUGUUUUUUCAUAACCAUUUGCAGAACAUAGGUUUUGGAAAUUAUUCUCUUGUGAAACAUGGAUUUCCUAUUACUUGAAAUAAAUUUAAUGAAUUUAUCAUGAAAGAAUCAUUUGAAAACCAUGAAUUUUUGGAAACUCAAGGUUCUUUUGAGUAAGCACUUGAUUUUUUAUUUUUAUUUUUUCAGUUAAAAACAAAGAAUUAGGAUUCUUAUAACCAAUGGAAAGCUAUGUAUUUUAGGAAUUUUUCUAAAAUGAGUUAUGGUUUCUGGAACCACUUGAUACCCAAGAUUUUGGCAAAAGUUCUCUUGAAAAUAAGAUUUGCUUUUGCUUUUUGAGAACCUUAAAGUAAGAAGGAGAGAGAUUUCUUCAUAUUUGAUGGACCUAAGAUGUUCAAUAUUCAUUUGCCUUGGAUAAGAUACCCUUCCUGUUUUUUAUUUUUUAUUUAUAUUUAAUUUUAUUUGGAAUUGACAUGUUUUUUUUGUACCAUUUAUCACAUCUCAGAGGUGUUAAAACAAUUAUAUUUCAGAAAACCACAGUCUAUUAUAUUCAGAAACAUUUACUUUGAAAUAUUAGAUAUUAUGUACCUCUCUUUUUUCUUGGGUAUUAUAUUGAUAACUUGCACUGUUUGGGUUUUAAGAGUUUUGAAACCCUAGAACUUGAAACUUGCCGAGCCUUGUGAAUCUAUUCCUGUGAUAUUUUUUCUUUGGCACAUUGUUUUGUGUUCUUUUUUUAUUUUUUAUAGAAUCUUUCUUGGAAUAUCUUCAGGUGCUUUAUAUAUACAUAUAACCUAUAGUUUCAUACUUUACUGGGCAUCCAGGGAAUUUAAAUGUGAAGUUAUAAUGUUUCAAAAUCAUUUGGAAAACCUUGAUAUGGGGGAAUUCAUUAAGAACCAGUUGAUAUGAAUAAAACAAUAUUCGCAUCUUUGUUUUAAUUUUGUUUGGGAAACUUAGUUGAUUACGCGUACAGUUGAUGUUGUCAUUUCAAAGAAUAUGCAACAUUGGAUCUUGUUAGGUUUCUAUUGUCGGUUUAGAGAACCAACUUGUUUGAAGUUUGAACAGAGGAACAGUAUCGGUGUUUUGUGCUUUAUACGUUAAUAUAUUGAUUAGUGGUAAUAGUGACCAUUGUCCGAUUUGGGAUAUCUCCGAAGGCCCACCUCGCAUAAAUAGUUGUUUUCUGCUUGUUUAUUCAAGUUCAAGUUAAAAUUAAACCUUAAUAAUUGGGUAGGUAAAAUAUUUGUAACCUUUUAGGUGGAAGUAAUCUGAUUGUUCUAUAAGUGACAUUAUGCAAAUUUGGGCAAGCUUGAUGACCUAGAAUUCUGAAUUGACUGUUUCUCUUUUUGUUUGAAGCUUUUGUCCUAAAGCUUGUUCUUUGUUUUGGUGCUUGUCCAUUUCCUGAGUGGAAUUUACAAUUUCUAUGCAAUUAGGCCCUAUUAGGUUUCUUGGAGUUCACGAUGUUUUUCUUGGAGUUCACGAUGUAUACGAUACUCAUCAAGGCCUCUUGUGGGUUUCAUAUGGCUGUGACAGCCUAUAAUUUGUCUUUCUUAUAAUUCUGGAUGCAGUUGGCUGGAAAUCUACCGCCCUCUACAUAUAAUAUUUGAUUUAUGCAUUGAUUUCUUUGUUUCUACAAUUCAUACAGGGUUUGUGCAACUUUGCUACAAGUCAUCCAUUCUCAUAGUCAUUGUAUCCCAAAACUCAGGAUUUUGUUAAUUUGCAGUUUUUAUGAAAUUCAGGUUUGUUGGAAGUUUAAGUCAUCCAGUCUCAUAGUCACUGUAUACAAAACCCAGGAUUUUGUUAAUGUGCAGUUUUUAUGCAAUUCAGGUUUGGUGGAAGUUUGGGUUUAAGGUUGAGCAAUAUUUGUGAUUUUUACUAGGUUUCUUGUGAAAUUUACUUGACUGAUGUGCCUUCAAAUCUCCCCAUUCGGAGAAAUAGGCCUAGUUUUACAUUUAUUAUUUCGUCAAAGUUAAAAUUUCUUAGGUUCCAGGAUUCAGGUGAUGCAUUAAGUAUUUUGUGGAAAGCAAGUUUUUUAUUUUUUAUUUUACAGAACUCCAGAACCUUGGAUUUGAUGAUUUGCAGCUCCUUUAUCGCUUUCAGGGUUUCUUCUAAAUGUUUGGGUGUACUAGGAUUUUAUGACUUCUCCAAUUGUUUAUCCAGUGUUUACACUGUAAGUGUGGUCUAUUUAAUAAAUCAUAUGUUGCAUUCUUUUUAUUAGGGGGUGAUUUUGGCCACAAUGGCAUCUUAUACAAUGGAAGAGUUUGUUGGAGAUAGUGUUCUGAAAGAUUUGCUUCCUACGCUGAUUGCUGAAGGAUGGGACAAUGUUCCCACACUGAAGAUGAUGAAUUCUAAAGAUAUGGAUUCCAUGAAAAUGUCCCAGAGACAAAAGGAUGCAUUGGAACUUAGGUCUUAUUUGCAUGAUCGUUUUUUAAUGCAAUAUGGGGAGAGGCUUGAAGCAUCAAGAGUGGCUCUUCCCGAGCUUCUUAAUUCUAGCACUACCGUACUCUCAUCUCAAUUUGGCAUGAAGCGAGGCCACAUUGCUCGAUUUAUUGAUAGGACACUUGCUUGUGGAAUUGCUAUGCCCCCUUCUUCUGCUCUCCCAUUGAGAAAAAGAACCACGUCUUCUCUCUCUAAAUAUGGUGAUGCUAGUGAAGCCAUGUCCAGUAAUUUUCCAAGAAGAAUGCAGAGUUUUGUUUCUAUGAACCAGGAUUUGAAGUCCCAAUAUACAGUUUCAGCUUCCUUUGGGGUCAAAGGGGAGCGUACUUUUAAAGGGAUCGUUGCUUUUGCACCUGCUGAGCCUAGGUGUUGUGGGCUUGUACGACCUCCUCCUGAACUUGAUAAUGUUGCUCCAUAUUCCAUGAUAGAGAGCAUUUCAAUUCAGAAACUGACCCCUGAGUAUAAGACGGGUAUGGAGUCAUUGGUGAAAUUAAAGACCCGACCCAUGAAGGCUUCAGAGCUCUGGCAUGAUAGACCAACUGUAUUGCUUUGUCUCAGACGCCCUGGAUGUGUCAUGUGUAGAGCUGAAGCUCACCAGAUUUAUGCUAGGAAACUGAUAUUCGAUGCACUAGGCUUCCAGCUGAUUGCCGUCCUCCAUGAGCAAAUUGACUCAGAGGUGAAAAAAAUUUGGCCUAGCUACUGGGGUGGGAUUGUAGUCUUGGACAAAAGCAAGGGUUUCUUCAAAGCUCUUGGAGGUGGUAAGCUGCUGAAAGACCAGUUUGUGACUGGAUUUCUUUGCAAUCCUCGUGCCAUUGCGAAUUAUAAGCAUGCUAAAGCUAUGGGUGUCGAGAAUAAUUUUAAGGGGGAAGGAGAAAUCAAAGGUGGGCUAUUCAUAAUUGGCAGUGGGAAAAGUGGAAUAGCAUAUCAGUUUAUGCAAAGAAAUUUCGGGGAUUGGGCACCCAUCAAUGAAGUUCUUGAGAUCUGCAGGGGAAUGCAGAAACAAGCGUCUGAUCAGGAAGCUGAACCAUAGAGGGACCUGAGGCAAAUCAGUAACCAACACUUGUUUACAAUAUUCAAUUUGUUCUUUGUAAUUUUAAUUAUUAUUUAUUUUUGAAGUUUUUGUUGUGCAUGUUUCUCUGAUAAAGCAAUUUGUGAUAAUAUGUAAAAUGGAUCUCACAUUGCCCAAAAACAUGAGUUUACAUGUAUUUCCGCAUUCCGUUUAUUUUCUGAAGACUUGCAGUGA